AGUCGUGCGAACGAUGUCGGAGUGUACUGACAUGCUUUGAGGCAAGUGGUGCAAUAGCAUAGAGUGGAAUUGCGAUUUUCAGUUUUCACAUUCGAACGAAAUAUUUCGUUCCGUUUUUCCUAGUCGUUCGUCGGUUUUUGUUUGAUUCGUGACGGGGAAAUCAAGAUUUUAAGAUACUUGGAAUUCGGUGUCGGAUUUUACAAAGGAAGUAAAAUUAGUUAUUGUGGAAACAGUUUAACCGGUCGUGGUUUCGGGUUGUUGGCGAUUGUGCUCAAGUGAAGACUAUAGAGUUUUCAAAUUUUUUGUUUCCAUUCCCGAUUACACACAACAAUCAUCGACUGAAAAGAAACUGUGUGUGUGUGUGUUUUUAAAUGCGAACAUAUUAUGCGGUGACCACAUGAAGUGCGACAAUCAUUCAUUACGGAAUAAUAAAAUGCGUACCGAAUAAAUUUACUGUUUCAUUUGUUUGCUUUGGCACAGCGCGCCAGUGAGAGAGAGAGAGAGAGAGAGAGAGAGAGAGAGUGCGAGCCAGAGUUUGUUUGUCGACUGUGCACUUUUGCUAAAUGAUUAUCCAUUUAUUUAACACGCAAACCGAAGCACACCAGUUAAAGUUUUACGGAAAAGCCGAAAGAACAGAACAAAAAAAACUGCAGUCAGUCGCCAGUGAAAAUAAAAUAUGAAUAAUUUGCUGAAAAUUUAUUAACUAAAAUGGUUGACGGUCUUUUUUCGCCACACUCACUCAUUCAUUCAUUCAUACCCAAGUGGAUGUCGCGCGCUCGUUCGGCUAGCUGAACAGAAGUGAUUAAUUCAAAUGAAUAAAAGCAAUGAAACUUUUGUAAAUAAGCAGCAGCAGCAGCAGCAGCAAUAAAAGCAACAGUGCUAAAACAUUCAUUGUGCAUAGUGAAAACUUUGGGCAGUCCAUUAGUGAUCAAUUUGAUUCGAUUCAAAAUACAUUCGAGACAAAAGAAGUCCGAUCUGCUAAGUGGUGGAAAUAUUUUUAACCAGAAAAUCGAUUGGCCAGCCGUUAAAUUAUAAAUUCCAUGUUUUUUUUCAUCAAAUAAGUGAUAUUUAGCGCAAAUCGUACUUCCUACCCUGAAGGAGAAAAUAAAAAAAGGCCAACGAUCCAAAUUGAUCAAAAUAGCGUUUUGCGAAUUAGAUCAAUGUUAUAUGCGUAGUGUUUAAUUAGUUGAAUUUAUUUGUUACAAUAGGUGUUCUUUUUUCUGUGUGGUGCGUUUGCCAUUAUUUUGUUUAAUUUUCGUUCUGAAAAUGAAAGAUGACAACAAAAAAAGAUAGAGAAUCAGCUAAGAAUAAAGCAUCUGCAACAGAUCAAAAUUCGAAUUCAACAACAAACAAUUCAAACUCCGUGAAUACUGUGUCUCCACCGUCACCAUCAUCGUCGGCUCCAUCGCCAGCUGGAAACGCAUUAGAAAUUAGCACAAAUUCAACAACAAAACGUACAAAUAAGCCAUUGAUGGAAAAACGUCGACGGGCACGUAUCAACCAAAGUUUGGCCAUUUUGAAGGCGCUUAUUUUGGAAUCGACCAAAGCAAACAAUAGCAGCAAAACGGGCGAUGUACAACAACCGAAGCACACUAAACUCGAAAAAGCCGAUAUAUUAGAGUUAACGGUGCGCCAUUUCCAAAAACACCGUCACAUUGACAAUGAGGCGACCGACAAAUAUAAGGCCGGUUAUGCUGAUUGUUCCAGAGAGGUAGCUCGGUAUUUGUCAACGCCUGAGCCACCACCAUUACCGUCGGUCCCCAGCCUAGCGGAUAACGGUUGCAAAACUCGUCUUUUACGGCAUUUGGAUCAAUGCAUUGCCGAAAUUGAAACCGAAAUCUGCCCACGUCUUGAUUCAGCCACUAAUGCCAUAGCCAAAAGCACAAUUUCCGAUAAGCCAGGUUUCGAAGACGUUUCAAUGGAAGGUAAUCAAAAUUCAAACCCUUUGGAUUAUAGUCAAAGUGGCGUCGUAUACAAGGAUCUCAACGGCAACGGUAUGGCUCCAUCAAAUAUUAAAUCCAUUGAAUUUGUUGAUCAGAACGGCAUUAAAUCGCCAUCAGCUCCUUUAACCCAGCUUUGUCAAGUGUUAGCUCAUGCGUCGCCGGUGACAUCAAAUGUUGAAUACUUGUCGGAUCAAGAGUCGAAACCUUCCGAAUUUGGGUCCGAGAAAUCACUCUCGUCGGUAAAAUCAACAGUUGGUCUUGUCACACCGAAAAUUGAACCGUUACCAUACUACCCCAGUCCAGUGUCAGCCACCGCACAACACAUUAAAGACAUCAAACCGGCUGAUAUGACUCAGCUGCUUGAAUACGGUGAAAUCAAGUUGAUUGAUGCGAGUUCGGCACCAUUUCGUGUACCACCCCAUUAUCAGCUGGUAACGUCUUCGUCAUCACUACCACUCGAACCAAUUGAUAGCCCAAGAAUGAAUAGUAGCUCCCCGUUAAAGCCUUCUGCGAUAAAAACCGAGCCGACAACACUAAUUAAGCCACAGCCAACACCGACCGAUUUUGAGAAUUUAAUCGAAAUGAAUGCACGCAACAAACAGAUACAGAAUCUCGAUUCAACCGCUGACAUAGCGGCCGCAACAGCGACAGCAAAUAAGAUGAUUAAAUUUGAACCGAAAACAAUUGCAAAUACGGCGGUUGUAUCAUCAUCGCCGGGUAACAUGGUGAUUUCGUCAACGUCAGCCUCUCCGUUUUCCAGUCUGAAGGCCGGUCAAAAUGGUGGCGUAUUGAAAAUUAAGCCGGGCAACGGUGUACAACAAAUGGACGUGGAUGUGGAUACAUCAAUAAUUAGCCCGAACCCAAACCUUCUACCGUCACCAAAAUAUGCGCUCGGCAUGGAUAAUAAGCUAAUCAACAAAGUGAAAAUCGUUGUGGACAACAUGAAUGGCGGUAGCGGCGGCGGCAGUGGUGGCAGUGGUGGCAGUGGUGGUGGUGUUGGCGUGAGUUUAACGGGCAAACAUCGACUUGAUUUAGAUGCAAGUGGCUAUCAUUUAAUGCCUCAUCCGCAUGCAUCAUUAAUGGCAGCAGCAGCUGCUGCACAACAGGCCGCUUUUCCUGGCUAUAAUUUUCACAGCAGCUUCCAUUUAUACGAGUAUAGUCAAAACAAUCAAAAUUUUCUGAAUCAACAUCGCGUCGAUGCAGAGCAUCAUAAUGCAAUUGAUGACAGCAUGUGGCGACCUUGGUAAAAUGAAAGAGGAUGAAAAAAAAACAGGCGAGAGAAAGAAAGACCAAUAGCAACACACACCCAAUCAACCAUACAAACUGCACGCAUAUUGAAUUGAGCUUUGCUUUACAAAAAAAGAAGGAUAAUUCAAUCACUUUGAAUAAAGUCCUGCUGGGAUGUAGAUAGCGGAAAAGUAUACCAGUGACAAUAUGAUAUGAGCCCAUUGUUGUAGUGCAAGUGGAUAGAUAUUUCGGCGCACAAAAUAUUGAACCAAACAAAAACCGAUAGAGCAAGAGAGAGAGAGAGAGGAAGAGCGAAAUGCUGUUUUACCAAAGAAGAAAAGUCUAUGCUAGUCCCAAUAUUGCCGAAUUUUUAACAUUCCAAAAUGAUGAUUCUUUAGUGCAAUUUUCCGAGAAACAAAAAAACAUAAAAUGAAAGAAAAAACAUGUUGAACGUGUAUGUUUUAGUUUUUAUUAUUAUUAUUAUUAUUAUUAUAUCGAUUAUAUACACAUGUAACAGAUGCAUAUAAUAACGUAUUUAUUAUUAUGUUUAUGUAUAAAUAAUGGAUUGAUGUUUCAAUAAAAUACUGUAUAAAUCUAAAUGGAAGUACAGUUUCUAGCCCUUUGAUUGCACUGGAAUUCAAAUUGUAAACUGUAAGUUGCUGCGAACUGGGCGAGAAAAAUAAAGAACAAACCAAAAGAAAUAGGCACAACACAAUAAUAAAAAAAAAUGUAAAGAGAUGCUUCUAAAAGAAUGAAGAAAACAAAAUACACACACAUAAAAUUCAAUCGAAAACAUAACAAUAAACAUGUAAAUGACUACUUAAAAUUAUUGAA